GGAUGCUAUUCAUAUUAUGCUAAAUGUGCCAGACAUUAUAAACAAUAUUUGUGGCUAAACUAAAGUCUCGCAAGUUAAGCCAGGCAUAUAUAUUAAUUUAAAUUACAUAAUAAAACUGAUUUAUUUUAAAAAAAGCAGUCCUAUAUUAUGCUGUUAGAGCUUAAAACACAUAUAUGUGUGUGCAAAUGGUACAUCACUUACCAUGUCAGUUUUAAUAACCAUUGAAAGGUGUUUUAAAUUGUAUAAUAAUACUCCUUACUUACACAAUAGAUAUGUGUAGAUGGGUAUUAUAAGUGAUGGCUAAGACUGUGAAAAACCUUGAAGGGUUGAAACAUUCAUUCUAUCAAUGGAAACUUCCGAAGGGUCAUGACACUGGGAUUAAAGUAAAGAAUUCCUAUGGAUGUUUGAGGCAGCAGAAGGCACUUGCACCAUUGAUUGUAGCCGAUCCAAAGCAUGUAACAUGGUAUGCAUGUGGUCCCACAGUAUAUGAUAAGACACACAUUGGUCAUGCUAGUUCUUACAUACGCUUUGACACAAUUCGGCGGAUUUUAACAAAUUAUUUUGGUCUCACCAUUAGUAUGGUUAUGGGUAUAACGAACAUUGAUGAUAAAAUUAUAACGAGGGCAAAUUUACUGAACAAAGAGUUCUUGUCAAUGGCAGAACAUUAUGAAAAUGAAUUUAAAACUGAUCUCUUAAAUUUAAACAUUUUACCACCUAUUGCUUAUGUUAGAGUAAGUGAGAUUGUACCAGAGUUGCUUUCCUUCAUUUACCGCUUGCUUGAACAGAGGCAUGCUUAUGUGUCUAAGCAGGGGAACGUAUGGUUUGAUGUGGACCAGUUUACAAAAGUUGGAAAGUUGGUUCCGAUUCACCAAGAAUGGAAGGAGUCUGAUUCUGGCGGAGAAAAACGCUGUGCGAGGGACUUUGCGCUGUGGAAAGCAGCAAAGCCAGGUGAGCCUUACUGGGAGGCACCUUGGGGCAAAGGGAGACCGGGGUGGCAUCUUGAAUGCUCUACAAUUGCAAGUCUUUAUUUCGGAAAACAAAUUGACAUCCACAGUGGAGCGUCAGAUCUUGAGUUCCCUCAUCACGAGUCAGAAAUUCUGCAGUCAGAAGCUUUUCACUGCGAGGAACAAUGGGCAAACUACUUUCUACAUUCAGGGCUGUUGAAGUUUGGGAAAUCGAAAAUGUCCAAAUCUCUCGGAAAUGUUGUAAACGUGGACGAAGCUCUUAAGCGGCAUUCUCCUGAUGUGUUGAGGUAUUUGUGUCUAUCUACAGCUUGGCAUACAAAUCUCAGCUACACCAGCAAGGACAUAAAGCAUGUAAAGGCAAGUAUACAACUGCUGAAAACAUUUCUAAGCAAAUGCCAACAAUAUGUCCAAGGAAAUAUUGAAACGAAAAAUUUUGAUUCUGCAGCGAUUUAUCAUUCACUAGAUACUUGUAAAAGUGAGGUGUAUGUAUGCAUGUGUAAUGAUUUUGACACACCUGGUGUUCUGCGAGCAUUAAAGCAGUUGUGUUACUCGGUAGAAAAAACAUUUGGGGAACAAAUUGUGGUUGAGAAUUGGGAACCUGGCAAUCAUGUUAGAAACACUAAACCUUUUGUUGAAGUGAUGACGUAUGUGACCGAAACUUUUACAAACCUAGGGUUUCAAAGUAUCUCUGCUGCACAUACAGAUUCAAAUCCAGACAUUACUGCUAAAGGUCAGGAUGAUAUACUUGAGGAACUUUUAAAAUUCCGGGCGAAAGUUCGAAAACUUGCGAUGAGUUCAAACAAAACAUCGGACGAUGGUUUAAAACAACUUCUUUUCAAAGAAUGCGAUUAUUUACGAAAUGAACUUUCAAACAAAGGGAUUUCAAUUAAAGAUUGGAACUGAGAUGUUAAAUUGUUUACUACAAAGUUUUAGAAUAUUCAAAUAUGUUUACAUAAUUUAUUUGUUGCAAUCAUUGCGUAUAUAAUUUCUAUGCAGCUAGGGGGGAAGUGAGACAGGCCAUGGGACCUGAGAUUAAGGCAUUACUUGAAAUACCCCAAAUUUGAAUACAGCAAGAGUGUGUAAACCAUUUCCUAUUAAGCACAUGCAUUGUUAUCUUAUCAAAAAGUGUUGUUCUACCUUCUAUUCAUAGGACAGUGAAUUAAGCCAGAGCCCACCACUCAAUCUUUAUUGGUUACUGUUGUUACAAUAAACUAAACAUGCAUAUUAAAUGCUGCUUGUCCU